UGACCUCUCGGCCGCCCCGCCUCAGAGGCUCAGAUGGCUCAGGCCAAGAUCAACGCGAAAGCCAACGAGGGCCGCUUCUGCCGCUCCUCCUCCAUGGCCGACCGCUCCAGCCGCCUGCUGGAGAGCCUGGACCAGCUGGAGCUCAGGGUGGAAGCUUUAAGAGAAGCAGCAACUGCUAUCGAGCAAGAGAGAGAAAUCCUCCUGGAAAUGAUCCACAGUAUCCAGAAUAGCCAGGACAUGAGGCAGAUCAGCGAUGGAGAAAGAGAAGAAUUAAAUCUGACUGCAAACCGUUUGAUGGGACGAACCCUCACUGUUGAAGUCUCAGUAGAAACAAUUAGAAACCCUCAGCAGCAAGAAUCCCUCAAGCAUGCCACCAGGAUUAUUGAUGAGGUGGUCAGUAAGUUUCUGAAUGAUCUGGGAAAUGCCAAGAGUCACUUGAUGUCGCUGUACAGUGCGUGUUCAUCUGAGGUGCCACCAGGGCCAGUUGAUCAGAAGUUUCAGUCCAUAGUAAUUGGCUGUGCACUUGAAGAUCAGAAGAAAAUUAAGAGACGAUUAGAGACUCUGCUUAGAAACGUUGAAAACUCUGACAAGGCCAUCAAGCUGUUAGAGCAUUCUAAAUCUCUGCAACAAAAUGCUGAAAGCAGAUUUAAUUAGUUUCCAAAGCUGAGAGCUCUUACAAAUGAUAUGAAAAAUGAUCAGAUGCUAUUUUAAGUAAUAACUAGUUCUUUAUGUUGGGCAUAACCACUCAUUUGAUAGUGAAAGUUGUUUCAGAUGAUGAAAAUAUUCCAGUGUCAUCAGUUUUGUGAACAAUUAAAGUAGAAAUAUUUUAAUUAUCAGUUUUUAGAUUGAAUUCUUGUCUUUUACUAGGAUCUAGCACCCAAGAUAUAUAUUUUACUAUUCUGUUUGGAUGAAUGCUUCAUAUGCGUGGGGGAGUAAGUGCUCAGUGAGGGGCAAAAGAAUCACUGUUCUUUCCUGGGCUUUGUCUGGUGUGGAGAUGCACAGGCACGUGGGGCAUUUGGUUGACUAGAAAGUCGACGCAGCAGCGCACACACGUCUAGUGUUGGCCAAGCAGUGUGCUUACAGAGAUAAAAGGAAUCACACAAUUAGAACCUUUCCCUACAUUCUCUCAUGCAGUUUUUUAAGAUAUGUCAAAUUAUUUGGAACUUAAAGAUUUACACAUCUCAUAAUACGAAUAUAUUUGUUGAUGUACAUGACAAUAUGAAAAAUGUGAGAAAAUUCACAUCUGAUUUUACCGUGAUUCUCUAAAGUGUUAAUUACUACAUAAAACACAAUGUUGUAACUUACCUUUAAAAAAAUUAAAUGGCACUAUAAAGUCCAUGUAAAUUGUCAACUUAAAAGCCUCUGACUUACCGUCCCCUUACUAGACACUUGUUUCCAAUUUGUUGCCAUUACUGCAACAUAACUGAUGUACAUAGAGCUUUUUCCUUCUUUCUUUUGUUUUUCAUUUUCUUUGUAUUAAUUUCCAGCAGUGAGAUUUACUGGGUCAAAGGGUAUAUACAUUUUCAUGGCCUGACAUAUUUCCAGGUUUUUUUUGUAUAAGAGUUAUAACAAUCUAUACUGUCUUCAAUAAUUAAAAUGCAGCCAUAUCACUGAAAGCUUUCCAGUAUUAAGCAUUUUUUCCUAACAUUAGGUAUGAAACACCUUUAGUUUGCAUUUUGUUUACUAACAAGGUUGACCAGUGUAUUGAUUCUUUUAUCUGUAACAAAUGAAGCAACUAUAGAAUACAUUUAUUUAUUAUUGUUAUUGAUAUACAAAGCCCUCAACUUUCCCAAAUACUACUACAAAACAAAUAUUUCAAACUCAGUUUUUAUUAGUACUCUCUCAUACUGGGAAAAAAGUUAAGAUCCAGAUACUUAUUUUUUUAUUUAUAUCAAUAAAUAUGUACAUAUCAA